GCAAGGAGCCCCUGAGAAGCUGGUCCCUUUUUGUCCUAGAUAUAGGGGCGUCCAAGAUGGUGGAGUCUUUAGGGUCGAAUAUGAUCCGAGGCAAGCUCAUAUUCAGGUUUGGGACAAGAAGCAUUAAUUGACCCUUAAUUUUUUCGGUGGAACGGAAAACUUCGGUAAAAUAGCUUCUGACCUUCGGAACAGAUGUAUUCACCUUGGAGAGGAAAAAUCUCUUUCUAGAAGAGUCUUGAGGUCUAGCACCUUUAGACUUAACGGGGGACGGCUGGGCGUCAGAGGAAGAAAUCAUUCCGAAUGACUUCCCUUUCUUCCUAAAUCCUUCUUUCCAAAUCUGUAAAAGACUACAUCUACUUUGCUGGAGGUGGUUUGACACUCAUGCUCCUUGAGAAGGAGACAGCAAGGGAGGUGUCACAGUUUUCCAUUUAGAUCAACAACUUCAAGUUCUUACCAUGGAAAAUUCCGAGAAGACUGAAGUGGUUCUCCUUGCUUGUGGUUCCUUCAAUCCCAUCACCAACAUGCACCUCAGGUUGUUUGAGCUGGCCAAGGACUACAUGAAUGGAACAGGAAGAUACACAGUUGUCAAAGGCAUCAUCUCUCCUGUUGGUGAUGCCUACAAGAAGAAAGGACUCAUUCCUGCGUAUCACCGGGUCAUCAUGGCAGAACUUGCCACUAAGAAUUCCAAAUGGGUGGAAGUCGAUACAUGGGAAAGUCUUCAGAAGGAGUGGAAAGAGACUCUUAAGGUGCUAAGACACCAUCAAGAGAAAUUGGAGGCUAGUAACUGUGAUCACCCGCAGAACUCACCUACGCUAGAAAGGCUUGGAAGGAAGAGGAAGUGGACUGAAAAACAAGAUUCUAGUCAAAAGAAAUCCCUAGAGCCAAAAACAAAAGCGGUGCCAAAGGUCAAGCUGCUGUGUGGGGCAGAUUUAUUGGAGUCCUUUGCUGUUCCCAAUUUGUGGAAGAGUGAAGAUAUCACCCAAAUCGUGGCCAACUAUGGGCUCAUAUGUGUUACUCGGGCUGGAAAUGAUGCUCAGAAAUUUAUCUAUGAAUCGGAUGUGCUGUGGAAACACCGGAGCAACAUUCACGUGGUGAAUGAAUGGAUCACUAAUGACAUCUCAUCCACAAAAAUCCGGAGAGCCCUCAGAAGGGGCCAGAGCAUUCGCUACUUAGUACCAGAUCUUGUCCAAGAAUACAUUGAAAAGCAUAAUUUGUACAGCUCUGAGAGUGAAGACAGGAAUGCUGGGGUCAUCCUGGCCCCUUUGCAGAGAAACACUGCAGAAGCUAAGACAUAGGAAUUCUACAGCAUGAUAUUUUGUACUUCCCAUUUGGGGAUCUGAAACGAUCUGGGUGUUACUAACUGGGGAAAGAAGUUGUGAUCUGUUGCCUAAACUAAAGCUUAAAAGUUUAGUAAAAAUCAUCUGGGCGCAGUGGCUAACGCCUGUAAUCCCAGCAGUUUGGGAGGCCGAGGCGGGUGGAUCACAGGGUCAAGAGAUAGAGACCAUCCUGGCCACAAUAUGGUGAAACCGCAUCUCUACUAAAAAUACAAAAAUUAGCUGUGUGUGGUGGCAUGUGCCUGUAGUCCCAGCUAUUUGGGAGCUGAGGCAGGAGAAUCGUUGACCCCAGUUGGUGGAGUUUGCAUGUGAGCUGAGAUUGCACCACUGCACUCCAAGCCUGGGGUGACAGGCAAGACUGCCGUCUCAAAAAAAUCAAAAGU